AUGCAAAAUCAAGAAACUGUGCCGACCUCUGAUGCUUCUUCGGCGGUGUCAUCAUCACAAGAAUCGGAACAAAUAUCUCAACCACCAUUCAAUAAUACCAGAAGCGAUCUUCUCAAUCCUAAAACUCUGCAACUCUUAGAAAAUAGAGCCAAUUUAUUAUCUGAAAGUUUCAAUCAUUUACUCGGAUCUCUUCAAACCUCCAUGUAUGCUAAAAGCGCAAUAACUCUACAACACAUUGAAUUAUAUAGAAAUACCGUGGAUAAAUUUUGUACAGAUGUCCACGAAUCGAUUGAUAGUAUGGAAUCAUUCAUGAAUCGAUUAAAUGAUUUGAAUCAAGAGUUGAAACAGAUGAGAAACUUGUAUCACAACAUUAAAGAAUUAAGAAAGACAGUUGAAAUUAUACAGCACAAUGUGAAUAAUCAUCAACAAAAUCCCUCUUUAAUAUUUUUAUCAAGCCCGGCCGGAGAGCAAGAGCACAGCAGCAAUAGAAAUGGUGUGGAAUCAACAACAUAUGAACAACAUUAA